AUGACCUUCCUGUGAUGCUGGAAUGCCCCGGCUGGCCCAGGCAGGAUAUAAACACGGCCUGUCCCAGAGCACAGGCACUUACCACCCCGGGAUCUGCCAGAGCUCACUCCACCACAGAACCAGGCCCAGGCCACACGAGGAAGACACGCUCUUGCAUCAUGAUUGGCAAGACUGUGGCUGCUGUCCUGAUCCUGCUCCUGAUCUCAGCACCUGCAACACAAGGUGAAGCAAUGCCACGCUCGGCCAUUGAACUCCGGUGCCAGUGCAUAAACACCCAUUCCAGGUUCAUCCAUCCCAAAUUCAUCCAAAAUGUGAACCUCACCCCCAGCGGACCUCACUGCAAGAAUGUUGAAGUCAUAGCUACCCUGAGAGAUGGCAGAGAAGUGUGUCUGGAGCCCAGUGCUCCCUGGGUGAAGCUGAUCAUCAAAACAAUUCUGGACAAGGCCAACACCAAACCUGAGACAGUGUCCUAAAACAAAGAAGAAAAAUGUCCUAACUGCUCCAGCGAGGCAAAAAUAGGGAAGACAGUCACCGAGCUUCUGACAGGUCACCUCCU